AUGCCGACACGAGUCCAUCUGUUAAGAGAUGAGUUGACAGGUCCGCACAUGUUGCUUUUAGGGUGUCUCUUUUUUGAUCGUGCCGUGCACCAGAAGGUGCGAGAAAGAGAGGGGCUUGUAAAUUUUCUGCUGACUCGAGAUAGCACAUCGUAA